GUCUUACCUCCUAGCAUUACUUGUACUUUUGCUAUUCUUGUAUGGCUAUAUAGACCUUUCAGUCAAUAUGGCCGACGUCGAAAACAACCGUCUUAACUUCCGCCCACCUUCCACGAGCGUUGACGACAAAAGCGUAGACUUCGCGACUCCUCAAGCGUCCUCCCUACAUGGCAAAUGGUACGUGACACAUUCGACUCUGCCCAUGUGGAAGUCCAACCGAAACGUCACGAUCACCUAUACGCCUCUUCCGAACAAUGUAGAGGUCCUUGACGACCUCGUCGAGUACCAGCCUCUCAAGUCCAACAAGCACAAAAAGGUGGAAGGGUACGAUACACCAGACGCGAAGGUCUGCGCCGCAUACAGUUGGCGAGGGAAAGGCCUCUUGAAGAUAGCAUCUAGCCAUUGGCAAGUCUUGGGCUACGGUGGUGAAGACGACGGAUGGUGCGUCACAUACUUCCAGAAGACACUCUUCACGCCCGCAGGCAUAGAUAUAUACGCUCGACGGAAAGGCGGGCUUUCAGCAGAGCUCCUCGAACGCAUCCGGAAUGAGAUAAAGAAUAUCAAGGACCACAGUGUCGAGAGACUGGCUGAGCUCGUCUUCCCCAUACAUCAUAAUUGGUGAAGAAACGGAUGGGUGGAAGCUUCAUACGAGUUGGCCAACGAACGCCAUUUACGAUUUAACGAUUUUAACGGGAUAACGAACAAUUAGAAUCUUCACGGCUAUAAUACCAUCCGCCAUCGAGCAGCUCUUGCUCCAUGGUUGCCCAUUUCUGGACCUUUCCCCCUUCGAUGCUCUUCAAGUCCAAGUCCGCGAACUUGACAUCAACUAGUUCGACAAGCACACCUUGAUCCUGGGGCUCGUUCUUCCUCCUCCUCAGCGCCAGAAAAACACUGCAGUCUCUCAAGGCCAUAGCCACCCCAAAAUCCUUCCCUAUCGGGUUCUGGAAAUCCUUCAGCCCGACGCUUCCGUGCUCCUCCUGAAGCUUUCUCAAGUGAAACAGCGCAGGCUGAACCGUCUUCUUGAAAGCUGCCACAAACUCCCGGAAGUCUCCUUCGAUUGGCGGCCAGAUCUUCGCCAGUGCGCGCUCCAACGCGUCGCCUUCCUCGAGCAGAUCCAAAGGACAGAAUCCGGAAUCACCUCUCCCUUGGUGCUUCUGUUUUUGUCUCCGCAUCGCAUUCAACGCGCACGUGCGGCAAUUCUUCGCCUCCACAGGCGCACUUGGACUCUGUACCAGCCACUUUGGCUUGAACUCCACGAGCCAGUCUAUUCCCGGGCCUUGGAGAUUCUGCAUCAAGAUGCCAUACUGCUCAUCUUCGUACGCGGGCAAAUACACGUGCCGUCUGUGGUGAGGGCGGAGACCCCUUCUCGGCUUGCCCUCCAAAUUGUCGAGAUCCGCUGACAGGGCGGAUAAGUCCACGUGGUCCAUUUCCAGGAGCUCCUCUGUUGCCGCGCGGACCAUUUCAGGAGUGAGCUUGUACAAGCUUUGCGUCAUGAGGAGGGACUCGUAGCCGGUGAAGAGGGGGGCGAUACGCCUGUCGAAGUCGGCCAUAACUGCCACGGCGGGCUUAGUGGACCGCAGGUCUUUGCGUAGCCGCAUCACGCAGCAGUGCGAGUGCUCCUGCAGUGAUUGCGGCGAGAGAACGGAGACGCUGUAUAUAAUGUUGGCGGCCCCUUCGGCGAGAUAGUGUAGCUCCAGCUCUGUGGAGGCCACAGCUGGCGGGCAGGCUGGGGAUGGAACGUGCAGCGUCGACAUUAUGGUGGUGUGGUCCGGAGAUGGAAGUCUGAUAGCUGUAGCUGUAGGUGGGCUUGAUGAACAGGGUGG